CGCCCGGGAUUGGCAGGGGAGCUCCGGGCCGGGCAGCGCCGCGCUGGGCUCCGCCCUGCCGGGGGGGGGCAAGAAUCCACGCCAGCCCUGAGCAGAGCCUGCAGUAUGGGUGGCUGGCCUAUAUGUUGGGAGAAAGGACCAGCAAGAAGUUCACAGAGCACAGCAAAGUCUUUACAGUAGAGGGGAAUCUGUCUUCUGGGAAGGGCCAGCUGGCCCAGCAAAUAGCAGACAAACUGGGGAUGAAGUACUUCCCCGAGGCAGACAUCCACUACCAGGACAGGAUCUCGGGGGAGGGCAAGCUGCUGCCUGAGAAGUUCAAUGGCUUCUGUAGCCUGGAGAAGUUCUACGCGGACCCCGAGUCUCCCGACGGGCACUCGUACCGCCUGCAGUCCUGGAUCUUCGGGAGCCGAGUCCUGCAGUACGCCGACGCCUUGGAGCACCUGCUCAGCACAGGUCAAGGCGUGGUGCUGGAGCGCUCUCCCUACAGUGACUUCGUGUUCCUGGAUGCCAUGUUAAAGCAGGGAUAUGUCCACAAGAGAUGCCUUGAUCACUACAAAGAGGUCAAGGAGAUCAGCAUUUCUGAGUUGCUGCCACCUCACUUGGUCAUUUAUGUAGACGUGCCUGUCCCAGAAGUGCAGAAGCGGAUUCAAGAGAAAGGCAAGCCAUAUGAGAAAAAGGUGUCGCCUUCCUAUCUCCAGAGCAUUGAGGAUGCUUACAAGAAGACCUUCCUACCAGAGAUCAGUGAGAGCAGUGAAGUUCUGCAGUACACAGCAACUGCAGCUGAGGGUGUGGAGAAGGUAAUUGAAGACAUUGAGUACCUGAAGUUUGACAAGGGGCCAUGGGUGGAGCAAGAUGAUGUUUCUUUCCAUCACUUGAGACUUUACGUGCAGGACAAGGCUGGAGUGCUGGAUUCCGUGUCCAUCCCGCGCUUCGUCCCCGAGAUCACCAUUGACGGCUCUGAGUACGACAAGAUCUAUUAUGAGUACCAGGAGGAAUAA